CACUCACGUCUGAGACGUCUCUGUUAGAAAACAACAAAUAUCCGUUUUGAACAAAACUUGAGGAAGUGAAAUAUCCUAAUGAUCUGGUCUGGAGGAACUACACGUCUUCUUAGAGCCUUCAGCACAUUUGAGUCUGACAGGAAAGAUUAGAACAGUUUUCGAGCAGGUGUCUGACAAAACUAAAUUUAUUUCCAAAUUUAUAUUCACUGAUGGUCCCACAGCAGGAAAAUGGCUGAAGCUGAAGUGCUUUACUCUGAUAUUAAGUUCACAAGAGCGAGGGGAAACACAGAUGUGGCCACACCCUCUACAGAUGAAACCACUUAUUCCGAAGUCAAGAUCUCAAAAACUCAGCGACCUGCAGAGCUGCCUGGCUCCAAACAACCUGCAGCAUCAAACAGGCGAUCAGGGGUCACAUCGGAGCGAGUGGCCCUGCUGGUCCUCAGUGUUCUCCUGGCAGCUGCCGUCACAGCUCUUGGUGUAACCCUUUAUAAAAACACUCAAACCAUAAAGAGUCUCCAAAAGCUUCAAGAGGAAUGUGAGGCAAAACAUCUCCCAGACGAUUCUGAUGAACGACUGAUGAAAGUUACAUUUUGUUUAACAGAAAUACUCAGUAAGACAGAACCGUGCAAAGUGGAGCAGACAAGUAAACCUCCUCCAGUAAGAGAUGAAGCAUGUCCGAGGUGCGAGGACGGCUGGGAGCCACAUGGAGGAAAGUGCUACUUCUUCUCCUUGUUUACUUUAACCUGGAAUCAGAGUAGAACACAAUGCAGAUCAAUGAGAGGAGACCUGGUUGUGAUAAACAACAGAGAGGAGCAGGAAUUCCUGGAGUGUAGACUGAGAGGAAAAAUGGAAACUGCUGAGGACAAGUUCUGGAUCGGACUGACAGACUCAAAGAACGAGGGUGAAUGGCUUUGGGUGGACGACACACGACUGGAUCCAAGUUUUACGUUUUGGUAUCACUACGAGCCAGACAACUGGACAGAGGAGAAUCCUGAUGGAGAGGACUGUGUGAGGAUGGGGUGGAAUACCUGAAGUCCUGGAGCGAUAAAUCCUGCGAAUCGCCUCAUAAAAGUAUUUGUGAGAAACCAGAAAAAGCAUGUCCCUGAAAUCCAGUUGGAUCAGAUUGAGCUCGAGUCCUCAGCCACUUUCACAAACUGAGGCAUGAUGCUUUAUUAAUGAAGAUCUUCUCCAGACAUAAACAACUUUGAAUAAUAUCUAGAGUCUCAUAUGUUCUUCAGUUUCCUUGUUAUUUUAAAGUGACGUCUACUCCUCCCUCAUAUAAAAUCUAUGAAUAUUAAAUAUUAUAUAUAAUA